AUGACAAAGCGAGGUUAUAAUUUUUAUACUGUAAAUACGACAAAGGAGACACGACUCAGAAAACAAGAAGACGUUGAAAAAGGCGAGGAUACAAUACAUGUUUAUAAGGAUGGAUAUAAAAUUGAAUAUUUUGGUGUACGAGAUCCAGAAACCUUUGUUUCAUGGCUUAUGGAUAUUCCUGAUGAUCCAGUGACGAUAAUAAAUGAUGAACAUGAUCAGGAACAAUUUAAAGCAUUAGAAGAUGAUGUUGUGAGAGUAAUUGGUUACUUUGAACCAGGCAGUGUUGCACUUAAGGAGUAUGAAGAAGCAGCUGAAGAUUUUAUGGGUGAAGUGGAAUUCUAUGCCGUUGUUAAUUCCUACGUUUGUGAUUAUCAUCAUAUAUUGUCAAUUAAAAGUGAAAGUGAAGUGAAGUUAGCUUCAAGUAGUACUUGGGCUCGUAAAAUGGGAUUAAAGCGAGUUGGUGAAGUUCAAAUGUUACGACCUUUUGAAGAUGAUCCUAUUUAUGCUCCAACAUCUGUCGAUACUGAGAACGAAUUUGAAAAUUGGGUUGAAGAACACAAGGAACCCGUGAUGCAGAAAUUAACACUGCAAAAUUAUUUCAAUGUUUGGAAAGAUCCAGAGGAAGACGAGAAAAUGAUAGUUGCUUUCUGUGAUGAAGAAUCUCGUGAAGGUCGAGCAAUGUUCAGAUUACUUAAAAAAAUAGCUGAUGAAAAUGCCGAGCAUGCUGGUACACUAGAAAUUGCAUUGAUCGAUCCAGAUGAAUUCCCAUUGAUGGUAGAUGUUUGGGAAGGAAUGUUUGGAAUUGAUAUCGAGGCUGGUCCACAACUGGGCCUUGUGGAUAUUUCGGAUAAAGAAGGAAUAUGGCUUGACAUGUCACAGUUAAAUCUGGACGAUCCAAAAAAACAUCACGAUAGUAACUUAGAAGUUUUACAGUCAUGGAUCGAUCAAAUUAUGAGUGGCAAUAUUUCCUUAGAUGACGAAGAAACUGAAGAAGAAAUUGAACCAGAACCAGUGAAAAGUACUACGCCUCCAAAAUCUAAAAAAAACAAAAAGGAAUUGUGA